UUCUUUUACUAAAGCUGAAAGCUCUGCACCUCUUAAAAGGAGAGGGAUUCUGAAGGUGGACACUGUGGGGAUCAUGUAAGGUGUCCCUUGGCUGUAUUGCUUGCCUGUCCAUGAAGAGCGUGCUGAUCCGAUAGGAAUCGAACACGAAGGUCAGACCACCUAACCGUUUCCAUUUCCACAUGCUGAGCCCUUCUGACACGGUUUCUCUCACCCGCCAGAGCAGAGUUCUUCCUGACCACGAAGAGAACCAGAGGGGCAAUGUAGGCCCAGGAUCUGCAGAGGACUGUACUGAGGACUCCCUGAUUGUUUAAUGUCGUGCACAGCAGAGCUGGGCUCUGCUUUGAUUGGAGGAGCCUGAGCGGCGUCCGGCUGACAGGAGCAUGUCCAAGAAGAGCCGCGGGAAGGGCGACAAGCCCGAAACGGAGAUGGAGGCCGUCCAGUCGGCCAACGAGGAGCUGCGGACCAAGUUGACCAACAUCCAGAUUGAAUUUCAACAGGAAAAAAGCAAAGUGGGCAAGCUGAGGGAGAGGCUCCAGGAGGUCAAGCAAGAGCGGGAACAGGAGCAGCACAAGCACACGGCUUUCAUCUCGGAGCUGCGGGCCAAGCUGCACGAGGAGAAGGUGAAGGAGCUACAGGCCGCACGGGAGGCCCUGAGCAGGCAGCAUGAGCAGGACCUGGCCCGGAUGGCGAAAAUCAAAGACGGGGAGGUGCAGCGUCUCCAGGCCAGCCUGCAGAUGCUCCGGGACGGGGCGGCCGACAAGGUGAAGACGGCCCUGUGGAACGAGGCCCGCGAGGAGGCCAGGAGGACCUUCGACGGCGAGCGCGUCAAGUUGCAGCAGGAGAUCCUGGAGCUCAAGUCCGGGAAGAAGCAGGUGGAGGAAGCCCUGAGCAACAUGGUGCAGGCCGAUAAGACCAAGGCCGCCGACCUCAGGGUGGCCUAUCAGACCCAUCAGGACGAGAUCAAUAGAAUCAAGCGGGAAUGUGAGAGGGAUAUCCGGAGGCUGAUGGACGAGAUAAAAGGGAAAGAGCGAGUGAUAUCGGCCUUGGAGAAGGACUUGGGUGUCCAGGCUGGUCACACCCAAAAGCUGCUCCUCCAGAAAGAAGCUUUGGAUGAGCAGCUAGUCCAAGUGAAGGAAGCGGAACGAUACCACAGUAGCCCAAAGAAAGAGCUUCCGGCCGGAAUAGGAGAUAUCUCCGAACUGAUGGGCAACCUGGAUCAGCAUAUGGACGAACGCGAUGUGCGGAGAUUUCAACUAAAAAUCGCGGAACUGAACGCUGUCAUACGGAAGCUGGAAGACAGAAAUACCCUUCUAGCCGAUGAAAGAAAUGAACUGGUGAAGCGCUCUCGAGAGACAGAAGUCCAGCUGAAACCUCUUGUCGAAAAAAAUAAGAGAAUGACCAAGAAGAAUGAUGACCUGCUGCAGAGCAUACAGAGGAUGGAAGAAAAAAUCAAAAACCUUGCAAGGGAAAACGUGGAACUGAAAGAAAAGCUAGCUAACCAAGCAUCUUUAAAACGGCACACCUCCCUCAACGACCUCAGUAUUACCCGAGACGAGCAAGAAAUCGAGUUUUUGAGGCUGCAGGUCAUAGAACAGCAACAUGUGAUUGAUGAACUCGCAGUGGAAAGAGAACGGUUAUUGCGUUCCAAAAGACACCGAAGAAAAAGUUUGAAGCCUCCAAAGAAGCAUGUUGUGGAGACAUUUUUUGGAUUUGACGAAGAAUCCAUCGACUCAGAGACAUUAUCUGAAACAUCAUUCACAGACAGAACUCCAGCUACCCCCGAGGAAGACUUGGAAGAUAAUACCCCCAGAGAAGAAGCUGACUUAAGGUUCUGUCAGCUGACCAGAGAAUACCAAGCAUUGCAAAGAGCGUAUGCUUUGCUUCAGGAGCAAGUGGGUGGAACAUUGGAUGCAGAGAGAGAAGCCAGGACCCGGGAGCAGCUUCAGGCUGAUCUAAUUAGAUGCCAGGCAAAAAUUGAGGACUUGGAGAGGUCGCUGAUUGAAAAAGGACAGGAUUCAAAAUGGAUAGAGGAAAAGCAGCUGCUUAUCAGAACAAACCAAGAUUUGUUAGAAAAGAUAUACAAAAUGGAGGUGGAAGAGAAUCAACUGAAGAAUGAAAUGCAGGAUGCAAAAGACCAGAAUGAGCUGUUAGAAUUCAGAGUACUAGAACUUGAAGAAAGAGAACGAAGGUCGCCAGCAUUUAAUCUUCAAAUAACCAGCUUCCCGGAAAACAACGGAAGUGCUCUACAACUAUUCUGUCACCAGGAAGGCAUAAAGGAUGUGAAUAUUUCUGAACUUAUGAAGAAAUUAGAUAUCCUCGGAGAUAAUGGGAAUUUGAGAAAUGAGGAGCAGGUUGCAAUCAUCCAAGCAGGAACGGUGCUUUCCCUCUGCGAAAAGUGGUUAAAGCAGAUUGAGGGAACAGAAGCAGCGUUGACUCAAAAGAUGAUAGACCUCGAGAAUGAGAAGGACCUGUUCAGUAAACAGAAGGGCUACCUAGAAGAAGAACUGGACUACAGGAAGCAGGCUUUGGACCAAGCUUACAUGAAAAUCCAGGAUCUGGAAGCGACGCUGUACACCAGCCUGCAGCAGCAGCAGGAGGGUCCGGACGGAGGUCAGGACGGCGACGGCGGGCGGCAGCUGGUGGAGCGGCGAGGCCGGGGCAGGCCGGACUCCCUGAGCGAGGCGCAGAGGGAGGACCUGAGAGCCGCCGUGGACAAAGUUCGCAGGCAGAUCCUCCGCCAGAGCCGCGAAUUCGACUGCCAGAUCUUGCAGGAGCGCAUGGAGUUGCUGCAGCAGGCCCAGCAGAGGAUUCGAGAGCUGGAGGAUAAAAUAGAACUUCAAAAGCGCCAACUGAAAGAAAUAGAGGAAAAGCAUUCAUUCUAUGGCCUUGAUGACAUCAUUGAGCCAAGAAAUCUGGAUAUGAAAAGAGCUUAUGGUGUGAACAGCUGAGUCCUACUACAAAUAAGCAAACAACAAAACAAAAAACCUAUCCUAAAAAAAAAAAAUUCCAAACUGAAAAAAGAUUUGAGCAGCUUUGAAUUGGUGAAAUUUGGUCCUGAAACCAUUCUGUCAAGCUUGAAACUGCAAGAUAUUUAAAGCUAAUGAAGGAUUCUGUAAAAACAGCAUACAACCUGAGAAGCUUUAAUGUUCAAACUAGGACACGUGCUUCAUAAAUGUGGAUAGAAGGUGUACCAGAAGAGAAAAAAAUCAAGUGCAAUUAUUCGCAGUCGUAUGAAUUACACUCUACCAAACGAUAUAGUUAAAAACCCAAGAACUUUUUACCGCAUGUUUUCAACAGAUGUGAUUUGCAUUUCACAAUAGGAGAAGAACUCUUUGUAAAUAGGUGUACAUGUAUCAGUGAAAAGCUAAGCGUUAACAUUAAAAUCUAUAGGAACUCUUUGAAGACAGAUGUACUACUCUAUAAAACAAAAUUCAAAUUUGCCGUCCCCUACUUUGAAAAUUCAUCAUGAAUGAAGUAAAUGAUCCACAGAGAUCAGACCCAUAUUUCAAGAAACAGUAGACGAAAGUCCUUAGCGUUUAAAUUCCUGAGUACCCAAUUGACCAAAGGGUCAAGGGAGAAGAUUCUUGUUUUUUUUGCGAAACUCCUUGGUUCCUCAGUGGUGACUCUAAUAAUCUAGAAUUUCCCAAGACUCAGAAGGUAGCACAGUUGGACCAAAGAGGAUCUCCAUGACAGAGCAAAGUUAUAUGUGGCAAAAGAACAGAAUGGAUGUGUUCAAUCCAGGAGCUGCCACAGAUGGUCUAUUCAAAAACUUUCCGGGAUUUAGGUGGCCAAGAAGAGUUACAGUAGGGGAAGAAUCCCCCAAAAAACAACCUAGAGCGGGAGAAAUGUUUACGAGGAAGUUCUUCUGAGAAAGAUUUGCUGGAAAAGGCAAAGUUCAUUUAACUUUGAAGAAGCAAACUUUAAUGUCUCCUGAACAACAAACCUGGCACAUUUCUAAACAAAUUUUAAGGGAAUUGGACCAGGAUGCAAAGGAGCCGAACAAGGGAUCAAUAAAUCGAGGAAUAUAGGCUUAUGGAUACGAAGGUUGCAAACUAUUCAAAGAAGACAUCUUACCAGACAGAAGUUAUUUUGGUCAUUCUGAUGUCUCUGAUUCAGGAUGUAAUCAUUUAACUGUAUUCCUCUAAAAUUUCCAAAUACAGUAUCUAGAAAAAAGAGGGGGAUAUAAAACUAAAAAAAAACAAACCUCCAAGAAGUUGAGUUGAUGGGAAAAAUUGGACAAAUAAAGAGUGCUGGCAUUUAGGUAGAAAAGCAUGAAUCCUAAACGUUGAAGUGAAACAAAUCCCGCAGAUGAAAAUAUAACCUUUUUAAAAAAUGCUCAGAGCAAAGAGAUUUCAGAGGGAACAGUGGCAUUUGAAAUCUUAUGGGAUACUUAAAGAGAAUUGAUCAAGAAAAGUAGUCAUUGCUACAGCAGAGAGAUAACACGAAACAAAUUUAUUAAAAAAAAGAAGACGGGGAAGGAAAUUGAAGGAGCACAAUAAUAAGCUGUGAGGACUCUCAUCCAAGAACUGACUAGAUCAAAACCUGAAAAUCACCAAGUGAGACAAGAGGAUGAAGUUGAAGAUAUAAUAGUGGAAUUCAGGAAAGUCAGAGUGGGAAUAAAGUAUUUGGCACUCACAAAGCCAAAAUGUAUAAAUGGAGAUAUUUCAAAAGUCAGAGUGGGAAUAAAGUAUUUGGCACUCACAAAGCCAAAAUGUAUAAAUGGAGAUAUUUCAGGGUAAAAUGUCUUCAUUAGUAAACCUGAUGUAUGUGAAUUAAGACCUUCCUCCUCAUCAAUGAAGUCUAGAAGAGGUGAUGGGAAUUUGGAAAAGACAAUUGAAAGGACCUGGAAUUUGAGGGUGAAAGAAAGAAAGGCCUUCAGUACUUCCAAGCAACAUGUGGUAAAGCAGGAAAAGUAAUCAGGAAUCAUCAAGACUGAGCAACGUGCUCAGUAAAAUUAAUCCGAAUAUUCAACUGAAGGUUUAAGUUGACCCUAGGUUUGAGGGCCAGCAAACUAAAGGAGGUUGUAAGGUCUUUGUGAGCAGGGAUCAUCUCUAUCAACU